AUGAUGAUUGAUAGGUAUGAUAUGAUUGAUGAUGUUCACGAAUUCUUCGACUCAGCCACCUUUACUAAAACCAUUUCGAUCAUUCAGAUGAAAGGAGGGGCAAUUUUGGUAAACGCCCUGAUUCUCAUAUUCCUUGAUCCUAAGCUCCUCUAUGCCAUCAAUGGUAUCAAUGCAUAUCAUAUCGAAAAUGGCAAAGAAGACUCCCUCACACCCAAUGGACCUCAAACCCUCUCUCUCCUAAUGGUCCCCACCUCCUCCCCCUUCUCAGGCCUCUCAGUCGCAGAUCCCCAAUCCCAAACCCCAGAAGAAGACUUCUACCUGCAUCUCCAUCUCCCUCCUGAGCUUGAUCUACCCCUCCCAGCCACAACCCAAAUAUAUCAUCAACCACCCAGCAGCUACCUCAUCCCACGAUGGGACCUGGGACCCGAAAGUGGUGUUUUUACCCGAAUUGAAUUCCCUAUUGUGGGAGCCUCGAAAAUUAGUCAGGAUGAUAUCGAUACUUUUGAAACGAUUUUGGCACAAUGUACGGCUUUUCUUGAGCGCGCUCCUCCUCCACAAUCUUCUCGUCCGAGAAAAGAAAAACUUAAAUCUGCAAAAACGGAACCGAUUCCUGCAUAUAAUCCAUCGGAUUUUGCUCCAGGAGAAGCUUAUGUUCCUGGAAGUUCUAGUUCUCACGUAGGUGGACAAAUUGUUUUGAUUGAUGAGGAAAAUGGUAGUGUGGUUGGUGAAUUGGGUGAAGGAUUUCAUGUAGUUGAGGAUGCUAGAAUGAAACCGGGAUCGAAAGAUCCUGUCGAGAUUACCCUCCCCCAAGAUGGUUCUCAAAACAUAGGCGUAGCUCCAGCCUCUCCAGCCUACCUCGAAAUGGCCAUGCAUCCCGCCUAUAAAUCCUCUACCCUCGUUUCCAAAGCCGCCAUGGCUUCACGUCUCAUUGUAACAACCUCUAGUUACGUCUCUAAAACCCUCACAUCCCAAGCCGAAAGCUACACUUCCAAAUCUGCUCCCACCACCAAACCCAUGACCUUUACUCCUACCACUCACGCCCACAUUCGCAGAGUCCACACAUUCACCGAAGGCGCAGCCGGUCUCUCCGCAAAAACCGUAGGUCAAGUAACAAAAUACGCACAAAAUAUUGGCGCCUCCCUCGCCAAACGUAAUGCGGCUCAAAAAUCCUCCAACAAAAGAACCGGUCCAGAUGGCAAACCAAUCGAUGAUUAUAAACCCGGACUUCUCAAUAAAUCCAUGAUGGCUUUCUCCACCAUAGCCGAUGGUAUCGAUCAAGCAGGACGGAAUCUCCUAGCGUCCACAUCCACUGCCGCUACUACAGUCGUCGAACACAAAUAUGGUCCUGAAGCAGGAGAUAUUUCGAGAAAUAUCGGCGCGCGGUUUAAAAAUGUAGGAUUGGUUUAUAUUGAUGCGGCGGGUGUGAGUAGAAGGGCUAUUGUGAAGAGUGUGGCGAAGGAAUGA